GGUGCGAAUUGCUUGGUCUGUGGAAAAUUCUCGUUGUGUGUAAUGUGUUUGUGGAUGCGUCGGCAUUAUUACGUUUUUUGAUUGCUGCGUCACUUUCGGAGAUUUGGAACGUAAAUUCAUACAGCUGUUUACGACUUAGAUUAUUUUGUGCCAUCUAGUGUGCCAUGUCGAAAUUACCGUUUUCCAAGGAACAUCUUGUUCAGCUGAAUGGCUUUAUAGACCUUUGCAGAAAAGAUCCUAAAAUACUACUGGAUCCAGAACUUGCCUUUUUUAAGAGUUAUAUCGAGUCCAUGGGAGGCAGAAUACCAGCAGCUGUACCUGAGACGAAUUUUGGGUCUCCCAAAACGAGUAGACCUGGGCCGGCAGAAGAGGAAGGACAACCAGACCCUGAAGUAGAGAGUGAAGAGAGUGAUAUUGAACUGGAUAAUUCAGGAGUCAUUGAACCGGAUUCUGAUGAACCACAGCCAAUGGGUGACGCUGAUAAGGAGGUAGCAGAGGAAGAUGUAGAAAAAUCAGAAGAGAAGAAAAGGGAAGCAAUUGAAGCCUUUGGCGAAGGAGAAUUUAAAAAGACGAUAGACAUCUACACAGAAGCCAUAUUAUUGAAUCCAGGUUCUGCCUUACUUUUUGCUAAACGGGGACAAUGCUUUUUAAAACUGAAUAAACCGAAUGCUUGCAUUCGUGAUUGUUCACGAGCUCUUGAAAUCAACCCAGACAAUGCAGCGGCAUACAAGUUUCGGGGCCGGGCCCAUCGUCUGCUCGGGGAGUGGGAGGAUGCUGCGAGAGACCUGAGAAAUGCGUGUAAAAUUGACUUUGAUGAACAGGCUGAUGAGUGGCUGAGAGAGGUGACACCAAAUGCUCGCAAACUCGAAGAGCAUCGCCGAAAGUAUGAACGCAAGCGCGCAGAGAAGGAAAUGAAGGAGAAGCUGGACAGGGCUCGCAGAGCACGAGAGGAGCACGUUAAGGCAGCGAAGAGUGCGGGAGCCCAGGGCGAUGAUGAAGGAUCUGCGGGACUGGGCAUGGGAGACUUCUACCAGUUCCUCAAGGACCCAGAAUUAGUGCAAGCUUUUCAGGAUCCAGAGUUGGCAGCUGCUUUCCAGGACAUCACCGCCAAUCCAGCCAACUUCGUUAAGUACCAGAACAAUCCCAAAAUCUCUGCUGUUAUAACGAAGCUGGCCAACAAGUUUGGUGCAAUGCCUGAAGCAUUUCGUGGUGCAUUCCCUGGAGGCUUCCCCCCGAGCGGUGGUACCAGUAGUGGUCCAGGAACCGACACCGGUGAUGAUGUGGGACUUGACUGAACGAAUCGUUGGGAUUAACGGUUAUCUACAAGACCCAGAUUUGGCAUUAGGUUUUAUUAACAUACUAUUAAGUAUAGGAUUUCUUUUUACAAGCAAAAUGUUAAUUGUGCACUCCACAUUGUAGAGGCCGUCUUACCCUGCCGUUCUGACGGAGACUGACGAGGAAACUUCCAAGUCCACGUGUAAUUCAGAGGUGAAUUUUGAAAUUGGAAAGUUGCUGUUGAUAGAGCAUUGAAGCUUUGUGUUCUUUUGUUUCUUAUGUUACUGGAGGAGAAUGUUUGCAGUUGUUCCCUACUCUGCUUAACACUUGUCUCAAUAUGACCUUAGUUCUAUAGUAGUUGUCUGAAGUAGGUAAGUCCUAGUCACUGAAAAAUUUUGUCCUCAGGCAUGGUUCCGACAACUGAUCUGAAAGCAUAGUUAAGAGAUUAUUAAUUCUGUGCCAGUUGCAUAAUUUGGUGUCUCAUGAAUAUAGUCAUUGGGAGUGGAAAUAAUGAACCACGAACUUUUAAACAUUGGAAAAUGUUUCGUGUAAUGAAUAUAACAUUGUUAAAAUGUA